UAUUCCUUGUUUUAUGCAGUGACCGCUUAGGGUGAAAUUAGAAUUACCUGAAAUCGGAUUUCAGCACAGUAUUUGAAAUUUGUUAAGACCCCUCAAUAUUGGAUGUCUUCACGCAUAGUCUCACAAACUAGGAUAUUUCUUUUGCGACAGCUAUCCCUUCGAAGAUGUGCCUCCACAGCUCCCACUACGACGCAGACAGAUAUACAAAAACGAAAAGAUGACGAUAUGCUUGAAACAAUAGAUAUUGAAGAUCUUCCUCGCGCUCAGAAGAGAUUCGCAAAACAGUUCGAGAAGGUCAACCAAGAGCGAGUAAAGGAGAUUUUUGCUAAAAAUUACAAGAACCACAUUGCUUUUGGAGUGUUAAUCUCCCUUGUCGUGGGCAUCUAUUACUACACGAUUCACGCAGUCAAACAGGAGACAUUCCUCGAAGAGAUUGAUGAAGAAAUGGCGGCUGAGCACCCGGAAACUCACGGUCAUUUGCAUGUUGAAGAGAAAAAAUAG